AUGGCGCCAAUCAGAAGGUACCUGCGAAUCACCAAGUACUCCGUGCUUGAGGUACGCAUCUAUCUACACAAACCUUCAGACGCACCGUGGCUGCUCUCUUCCCGCGACAAUGUCUUGUCGCGCAUCAUUCAGGAAGUGCGCCCCAAAGUCCUACCCAAACUGAGGGAAGAGAAUGAGAACGCACGAAAGAAGGGCAGUAAGGGCAAGAAGAAAAAGGGCAUCAAAGACGUAGCGAGUCAAGAGGACUUUGAGGUCGCCAUUUUUCUCAAAGAAACAUCCACACGGCACUCUCUACUCACAAAACAGAAGAAAUUUACCGAUAAGCCAAAGCUCAAGUCCACUGGCAAGAACCUUACGGGUUGGCUGAAUAGCAACGAGAAUCCCAUCAACAUCACCGACGAUGCACAGAUUCCGGAUGUACUCCGAGAAGAAGGCGACGAGGACGUCGUUGAGCUUCACAACAUUCCAGAGGCCUCCACAGAAAGCAAACGCAAAACACCAGGCGGAGAAGACGCGGAUGAGGAUGGACUUUUUGUGAGCUCCAGUGACGAGGAAUUCUUCACUACUCAGCGUGCGAAACCAUCCACGAAAAAGAGAAAGCUCAAUCGACCUCCAAAACAAGCAUCAGAAGAUCCACCGCCGCUUGAGCCCAUGGAACACGAUGACGACAAGAAGAAGUUGCUUCUGGACACUUCUUAUGAUGGUUUCAGCAUCUACGGUCGCAUACUAUGCCUUAUCGUAACGCGCAAGGGCAAGAGGGACGUCCAUCCUAGCGGACCUAGUGUCGGUGGCAGUCAAAUGAUGGAGCAGUGGGUCUCGACUCAGGCUGCCAAUGAAGCUGGAGUUGGAGAGGAUGAUGAAGGCUGA